AUUAAAAAAGAUAAAGAGGAACUUAUAACAAAUUUCGAAGUACUUUCAUUAUUAAAACAUAAAAGAAGAAUAGAAGGUCAGGUACUUUUAAAUGAAUUUGUAAAUAAUACAGUAAGAUAUUUAGAAACUACACCUGCAAGUAAAGAAAGUGUUGAAAGUGUUAAAAAAUGUAGAUUAGAAAUAAAUAAAUUGGCAACUCAAAAUGGUUCUAAAAUUAUGAAGGCAGAGCUAUUACAAAUUUUAAAUAUUGCACCAUCGGGUGAAGUAGAAGUGCAUCUUAUUGUUGAAGAUUGCGAAGAUAGAUUAAACCCAAAAGAGCUUUUAAGAGUCGUCAAAGAUAGUUUGGGCGAUGCUGUAGUAAGAGAGCUUUAG